AUAAAAAAACGCUUUCAACACGGUGUCGGUUGUUUACACUCGUUGGUGCGAUCGCUACGGAGAUUACGAGUGUGGUUGAGCGGGUGCUGCGGCUCGCUGCCAUCGCCUAGCAUCCGGAGAGAGUAUCAUAGUCACAAAAUUCUAAGUAGAGAUUCUACGGAAUGCGUAUCGCUAUCGUACCAUUGUAACUUCGAAAAAUCAUAAGUCGAACCGUCGUAAGUAGAGGGGCAUCUUUACUUUUCCCCACCUUGCGAAGGUAAUGCAUUCUCGAAAAGCCCUUUGUAUGGUAAAUUCUGAAGAAAAUAGCUAUAAGUCAUGUGUACCUGUUCUCUGCAAGCAAUUCUGGCAGUUUCUUUGAAGAGAUGACUGUGGAUGAUGUGAUGUUUUUUUUGCGAUGGGAGUUCCCCAUGGUCUCUCACUGGGCCUCUGUCAAAGACACUUCCAGUGCCUCCAAAAGCGCAGCCAGUCUAGAACAUCCAAAACCUCGGUACUGCGUGGGGGAGAACUUGGACUUGCUGGUAGAGAUGCGAGACCACAAAGGGCAGCUAAAGAGGCAUGGUGGAGACUUCAUCCUGGCCUGGAUUCAUUCCCCCAAACUGCAGGCCUCCGCUGCAGGUCUUGUCACUGACCUCCAUAACGGUUCCUACCGUGUGCGCUUCACCCUAUUCUGGCCUGGGGAGGUGAAAGUCUCCAUGCUCCUCAUGCACCCCUCUGAGGCAGUCCAGGCUCUGUGGAGGUCCAGGCAUCCAAAGUACAAGAAGAUCAAACACACAGGUACCUUUGUCAAUGGAACCAAAGUGGAGAAGUCUGAGUGUGAAUUCCAUCUAGACACAAAUCACCCUUUGUGUGAGUACAAGGAUGAGAGGGAUGGAGAAUAUUACUCCUGUUACAAACCACCUUCCCUGUCCUGUGACACAAUUGACAUCAUGACUUCUGCCAACACCCCUGGAUCCUUACUUACUACAGACGAGCAACUGCUUUUGACAAGGACCUACAGUGGAAAAACGAUCAGGAAUAACUUCCAUGAUGUGCAUGUGGUCGAUUGUACUGAGCCUCAAACAAGCCUCAAACCAACAGGAAAGUGUAUCCCAGGAAUGAAGCCUCUCAUCCCUAGUGGGCAUUUCUUCAAAAACGUGUGGUAUUCCUCAUACUGUGAGACUGGCAGCUUCUUCAGUGCAGAGUCCAUUAACAGUUGUUUGAAAGGAAAAAGAUUUUACUUCAUGGGUGAUUCCACCGUGCAUCAGUGGAUGCAGUAUCUGAGAAAAUUUCAAAAAGAUCCGGAAAGCUUCCAAAGAGGUGAAGUUCACCCCAUCUUGAUCGUUAACUCCGAGGCCAACUACACUGCCCUGUGGAAGCAUCACAACUUUCCCUGGAUAACAAAAAAUAAAGUUAGAGUGAAGAUGGCUCAGUAUAUUUCACGGGACUUAGACAGUCUUGAAGUUGAAAGAGAGGAGGCAGUGGUGGUGAUUUCAGUGGGGCAGCACUUCCGAGCUUAUUCCCUGGAGGUUUUUGUUCGUAGGCUGCUGAACCUCCGCAAGGCCAUCUUGAGGCUACAGGCCCGUAGUCCUGGAACUUGGAUUUUCAUCAAGCUGGAGAACACCAGGGAGCUCUCCUCAGAGCAGGAGCGCUUCAGUGACUGGCAUGGACACAUCCAGAACCUGGCACAGAGGAAGGUGUUUGGGGACUUGAAAGUGGGGUUUGUUGAUGCUUGGGACAUGACUGUGGCUGCCAAUACCUUCGCCAUCCAUCCAAAAGAACAUAUAGUAGCCAAUGAGGUAGCAGUGUUUCUGUCUUACCUUUGUCGUGCUCCAUAGGAUGUCGUCUAUACUAUCUGACCAGGGCGAUAAAGCCAAACUGCAUCGGCAUUUAAAUAAGAAUGAAAAGAUUGUAUUUUUUUUGUAGAUGUGUGAGCUUUUACUGAACGAUCAAUGAGAUGUUUGAACAACGGGAAGAUCCACCAGGUCAAUGACUCAUCUGUUGCUACAUUGCUGCUACUUCAAUCUGUGCUUUUUGUGCUGAUGAUUGUUGUAUCAACCUGAAUUUCAAGUUAAAAUGACCAUUUGGGAUCUUAAUACAAUUAUUUGUUGGAGAACUUGAAUAUGCUGAAAUACUCUAUGAAAGGUAAAAUUA